AUGGCCGCCCUUCGCCCUCCAUACACAUUACAGACCGCGCAAGAAAAGGUCAAAUUCGCCCAAAACAUGUGGAAUACGUGUGACCCAGCUAAAGUCUCCAACGGGUACACGAGUGACUGCAUUUGGCGCAACCGCUCGUCCUUCAUCCGCGGCACCGCCGAGAUCAUCGACUUGCUCACCAAGAAGUGGGACAAGGAACAGUCUUACCGCCUCCGAAAGGAGUUGUUUGCCUUCACGGAUGAUAAGAUUGCUGUGCAGUUCUGGUACGAGUAUCAGGAUAAAUACGAUGGAAUGAAGUGGAAGAGGUGUUACGGUCUGGAGGAUUGGACCUUCGAUCGGGAAACCGGAAAGAUGAGAAAGAGACAUAUGAGCGGCAAUGAUAUACUGCUGGGAAAGAACGGGGAUGGCGUUGCGGUGCCAGAAGAGGGGAUCCAGGGCCGCUGGUUUGUCGACGGGGUAGACGUCGACGAUGACAGUGUCACGGCGCAGUUGACUGGUGCUCACUUUUAA